UCUCUUCCUUUUGUUAAUGGUUUGAAACUGUAUGGGUCACACAAAAUUUCUCGCCUUCCCAAACCGAAACCGACGGGAUCUCCGACUUCAGUCUUCUCCUCUUCCUCACCUCUCUCUCUCUUCCCCACCCUCCCCCUUAUCUGUUCAACUCCGCGAGAUUUCUAUUCAGCCCACUCGAAGUGACUCUCGACGCCUCAAUUCCAUUGGAUAGAGGAAAAUGAGAAUCGAACUUGCAACUGCGUUAAUAAUGGGAAACAGAUCAAGCAAACAUUCAAAGAAAACGGCUGUUGAUACCAAAAAAAAAAAGAAGACAUCGGCUAAGAUCUAUGCAACGGAAUUUGAAACGUACGAGGCUGCAUGUGAAGAAGACACGGAGAUCCAGUCUUUUGACAGGCGUAUGCACGCACGAAUGAGUAACGUGAUAAGCACGUUAUCUACGGACGUUGAGGGUGGAGCGGUCUCGUUCGAUUCCUUGAAAGUAGUGACGGAGAGUUUAUUGGACGUGAGCCAAGAAGUCAUGAAAUUUGUAUUGGAUUGCAAGAAAGACAUAUGGAAACAUAAAGAAGUGCUUGAGCUCGCUGUAGAUUUCUUUGAUAAUAGCACGAAGACGCUCGACUUCUGUUAUGCUUUGGAGGAAAGCGUGUGUUUGGUUGGUAGUAAUCACCAGUUGAUUCUUUCAGGGAAUGGAUACAAGAAGACGCUUAAAGAGCUGAAGAAAUUCAAAGACGCAGAGACUCCUUUUGGCAAAGACUUCUUCAAGAUGUUCCAAAUCGUUUACGAACAACAAAUGCUGAUGCUUGAGAAGCUUCAGAUUCGUACGAAGAGGCUCGACAAUAAGUUCAAGCGCAUCCGCACAUGGCGAAAAAUCGCCAGCAUCAUCUUCGUGGCUAUCUACGCCACUUUGCUCAUCUGCUCUGUUGUGGCUGCGGCUAUUGCGGCUACUGCAGUGGCUGCGGCUCUCGCUUCUACCAUAGCUCCAAUGGGUGCAAUGGGGAAAUGGCUCCACUCGCUGUGGAAGAAAUAUGAGAAUGCAGUUAAAGGACAGAAAGACGUGUUCUUUUCGAUGCAGGAAGGGACGUUUGUAGCAGUGAAGGAUUUGGAUUAUAUCCGGUUAUUGAUCCAACAGUUGGACAAGGAGAUCAAGAGGAUGGUGACGAGUGCGGAAACUGCGGUGGAGCAUCAUGAUACAAUCAAGAUUCAGAUCCAUGAGAUUAACAAGGUUCUUUUGGUGUUUAAGAAGAAGAUAGAAGAAUUGGGGAAUCGAGCUGAUUUGUGUAGCAAAGAUAUUAUAAAAGCAAGGGAGGUGUUUUUCAAUAAGGUCAUGCAUCAUACCUGAAAUGUUAGUAGCAGCAACUGAACAAAACAAACAAACAAAGACUAGUACAUAUUCUAGCUAUCUUGAGUUUUACUAUCAAUAUGUUCAAUAAUUCAAAAUUACUAUUUAUGAUAAUUUUUGCAAUUUCUCUAUUCUUUGAUGAUUGAAAACAAUGGUAGACAAGUCUCUGUCACAUUUGAGACUAUGAUCAGUAACUAAAUGCUUCGGCCCAUGCGUUUGUAUCAGUAAUUUCCAAGCACAAAGACAAGUAUCUCUGCCACUUGGACUAAACCAUAUUCAAAAGCUAAAAACUCCACCUCUCUUUUCUGUCUAUGGAGAGACUUGUAGAAAAAAGAAACAUGCGUAGUAUAAAGCUAAUUAAACUACCAAAAUCAGAUCCCUAUAACCUAUCAAUAUGGAUGAGAGUGGGCUAAUAUACUAAAAGUCUUAAAGGAACUCAAAAGUACAAAACUAUAGAUCAUGAGUUUGGGAUCUGAAAACUAGCUAGGGCAAAGGAACUGUACGCGAUAGGAGUAC